CGAUUCUUGUGCUCCUUCCUGACUCGCGUAAGGAAGAGAUCCUCCAACGCCGCGUAUAGCCACAGCUUUGCACUCCCGUUCCGUUUGCAGGAGCGCAGUCGGCAGAGCUACAGCAAAAAAAAACGCCAUUCUUCCGCCUAUCCGCUGCAUCUCCACGAAGGCAAUUCUUCUUUUCUGUCCUGUCACGCUCCCUGCAUGCAAAUCUCUCCAAAAGGGAGAGAGGUGCAAGCCGACUUCGUGGAAUUGAAAUUGAAAAAUUGAUGCUCCAUGCAGAGGCGGGACUUGCGAACAACCGCCAGGUCCACGUCCAGAAACCUUCCUACGACGUCUCCAGAAGAUUCGUGUGCCGCGUUUUCUGCGGAGCACAGACCACGAGUUCAGCUACUCGUUUACAUUUUGACCGCAGAAAAUGUCUUCUCGGCAGUCGGUCAAGAGGCCUGCUGCCAGCUCCGGCCUGGUCCUCCGAGGUGCCUCCGGAUGGUCGGCGUACCACGAACGUCAGUACGGCUCUGCUCGGUGGAAGUCCCUCCUCCGGGCGUUGGCAGGGGAAGGGAGGUUUGCCGCCUUCGUCGCUGCUGCGGAAACACGAGACACGCGCCAGGGAGAAGAAAACUCUCCCAGCUCGCUUCCGCCGAAACCGCACAGGAGGGAAGUCGCCGAAGGCUUCGGGUGUACGUACACCGGAACGAGCGCGAGCGGAGAAGUUGGCAGCGAGCUGCGGGACGCGGAAUUAUGCGGGGCUCGAGGUGUAGCAGAGAGAAAUGCAGGCGCGGCUCGCUAUCAGGAUGACGCGGGUGGCUUUUCUCACGAGACUCGAGAGGAUCUGAUCGAGUUCCUCCACCUGCGCCCAAGCGGCUUGCCUUCUCCCAACGUUUUCCUUGUCGCUGGCGCUGGAGAGGAAGGAGAAGAGACGCCGACAGAAGCAGGGCACCACCGGCAGAACCCAGAGUCGAAAUCGAAAGAUUCUCACGCUUCCUGUGAUGCUCCUUCGCCAGUUUCCUCCCCGCUGUCUCCAUCAGGAACCUCCGCCAUGACUGUCUCAUCCGCCGUCUCCUCUUCUCGUUCCUCUCCUUCUGAUCUUUCCUCUGGUUCUGCCUCUUCCUCUCCUCUUCCUUCUUCGCUGGUGGCCGCCCCGUGUGCGGCCCCAGUCUCUCCUUCCAUCUCAUGGGAGUCUUCUCCCCCUGCCUGCUCUUCGAAUCUGUCCGCUUCCUCGGCUUCUUGCUCGAAGUCAAAGCGCUGCGAGAGGAGCGCCCAGGAACGCGCGUGGCUGGAAAGCCUCGAAAAGGAAAAAGUCUACUACCUUGAUGGCGCAUCUGCCUUUGCCGCUUGCGCUCUCGGUGUCUCGCCUGGAGAGAGAGUCCUCGACCUCUGUGCGGCACCCGGCGGCAAGUCUCUCGUCCUCGCGAGCAUGCUCUUUCCUUCCUCUCCGUGUCUCUUUGGCAAUGGGAGCUCUUUGAUGCAGAAGUCGAACAGCAGAAAUGCAGGCCUGCUCGUGUGCAACGAAGCGAGUCGCCCGCGGAUGGAAAGACUCCAGAGAGUUCUUCAUACCUUUCUUUCCCCCGAAAUUGUCAAAAAACGACUUGUGCAAGUCACUUGUGCAAGCGGCACUAAGGGAGGCGCGUACGAACGCUUUGCGCCGUUCGACACGAUUCUGGUCGACGCGCCCUGCUCCUCGGAUCGGCAUUUGCUCAAGCAGGGGAAAUCUGCUCUCGCCUUGUGGGCCUCAGGGACUCCGAAAGCGCAUGCAGAGCGGCAACUUCAACUGCUCAAAGAGGCUCUACGCUUGCUUCGAGUUGGAGGCGUUCUGCUCUACAGCACCUGUGCUCUGUCUGAGGUGGAGAACGAAAAGGUCGUCGAAAAACUCCUCAAGAGUUGCGGAAGCAGCGUCAAAGAAUGUUCUCUCCUGGUCGACUCGACAGGUCUCUCUUCUUCUUCGGUGUCGUCGGAGUUUUCGCGGAUCGUGGUUCUUCAGCCCACUCAAGCACAGGCGGAGACAGCGCAGACAAGUGAAGCAAGGGAGACGAAAGACACAAAGCAGACGGAGGAGACUCUCCGCAUGCCCAGGGACGCCUGUGUUCAUCCGCCAACGCACUCCAGGCGCCUGUCGCCAGGCAGGUGUACAUACACCGGCGGCAGCGAGGGAUCUCCGGCGCCUGCAGAGGCAGCGAUUGCGAAUGCAGAGUUUGGGGGGCCUUUUGCUGUUUUGGAGCGAGAUUCGGCUUUAUGUGAAGCGAUAAACGACCUGGAAAGCGCGAACGAUUCCCCGGUCUGGAUCCUCGAAAAACGAGAACGCGGCGCGAUCAUGUUGCCUGACACGCCGUCCGGAUUCGGGCCUCUUUACAUGUGCAAGUUGAAGCUCGUCGCACCUCUCCAGAGACGCCUCUAGGCGUUUCUGAAGAAAGCCUAAAAACGAGAAACGAACAUGUAUCAACUCCUUCUUCGUGGCGGCUGCAACGACAUACACGAGAAAGAGUGUGUUCUUCCGUCGGGGAAAGGCGCUCUUGCUUUUUUCUCAAGAGGCGGUCUCUCGCGGGAAUGCGGAGUUUGGGGGAUCCGAGGCCACCGGAAUGUGCAGAGGAAGUGAGAGAGUUGGCGGGAGAAAAGGAGGAAGAGCAUGGAGAUGCAGAAGAGAAAAAGAAAGGGGAGAAAGACGAGGAAGGAGAGCUGCCGCUGCAGGGGACGAGGAAAAAAAGAUGUUUUCGCUUCUUUCUUAAUACUCCGGACAGGGGGCAGGUCUGAGAGAGAGGUAGAGAGAGCGGCAACUGUCUCUGAAAUCACGCAGUCUCCGCGCAGAGACGGACAGCAGAAGCAGUUUCGAGCAACAAGGAAACCAACUUCUCCGACAAGACGACGGUGCGUGAGUUGUGAAAUAGCGACUUUUCUGCUGCGAAAGAAAUCAAGCGUGUUUCCACCUGAAAGGGUGAAAAGAAGACAUGCCGUGCGAAUUGAAAAAGAGAACCAGUUCUUCCGAGACUGCUGGACUUCGUCUCUCCAUAAACUCUUGAAAAGCAGAACCGACGAGAACAAGCGAGAGGAGCAGCGACGUUUUCGUCGGGGAAUCGAGAGACUCACUUGGCCUGUUUCCUUCCUAACGUCAGGUUAUGUCGACUACUUAUAUCUCUCCGUCUCUAUAU